AUGUCUCGAGAGAAGGCCCUGAUGAUAGUAGAGAAUACCGAUGUGCUGAAGUGGCCAAGACACACGAGAUACACCCCCUCCAAGAAAACUUCUAACAAAUACUGCCGUUUCCACCGGGAGAGGGGACACAAUACAGAGGAAUGCUAUCAGCUGAAGGAUGAGAUUGAAAGGCUUGUUAGGCAGGGGCAUUUCCGAGAUCGCGUGCCCCCAAAUUGUAAAAUCGGUGGGGAAGGAUGGAGGAGCAGAUCGAGAAGUCGUGAUCGCGACAGAAACCCUGGCCCAUCAAAAACCGACAGGGCCCCGAUGGGCGGCAACAACGCUCCCACCAAGGGCGUUAUAUACACGAUCGCGGGAGGACCGACCGCGGGAGAUUCGAGCCGAACACGAAAGAGAUGCGCUCGAGCGACCGGCUUGGUUCGAGAAAAGGAAUUCGUGCUGAAGGUGGAGGACGAAGAGGCUAUCUCAUUCAACAGUUCGGACAGAUUGGAGGAGGGUGGAGAACAGAACGACCCCAUGGUCGUCAAGCUGGAUAUUGCGAACUUCACCGUUCACAAAGUGUUGAUUGAUAGCGGGAGCUCAGCGGACAUCAUCUUCAAAAAUGUGGUGGAUCGGAUGGGGCUGGAGAACGCGAGGCUUGAACCCGUAAAAACCCCGUUAGUGGGCUUCGGGGGAAGUGAAGUGGCCUCACUGGGGACGAUUGAGCUGCCAGUGUCCAUGGGAGAGGAGCCAAAAAGAAAAACUUUGAUGGUCAAAUUCUUGGUGGUGGAUACUCCUUUCACAUACAACGUCAUAAUGGGUCGGCGGGAACUGAACUCAUUCCGGGCGGUCAUCUCCACGUAA